GCGAGAAGGGAAUAAAGAAAUAAAGAAAUAAAAAAGAACCAUCUCCACGGCUAAUUAUUCGCCAAAUCCUCCGCCACGGCGCGUCCGAGAGCGCGGCCGGGACACCCCUAGCCCUCUCCUCUAUCCCCCGGCCAUACCCUGCCCGAGGGGCUCCGCGGAGGCGCGGAGCCGCCCCGCCGUCGGGGGACCCCGCUGCGGAUCCGCCGCUCGCCCCGACGGGGGCGCCCCUGGCCGCCGCCACCUCGCGGCGGGCAACCGGGGACACGAGGAUCCGCGGCGGGCGCUCGGCUAAGCAGCGUGCCGCUCCCGGCCCCGGGCAGCCCCCGGGGGCGACCCUCCUGGGGCGGGGGUGGUGCGCGGGACGCCGCCUCCAGUCGCACAGCCCGAGGUCGCGAACCUUCGUGCCCCGCCGCCGGAGGGGACGGGGACGGCCGGUUCCGAAAAGUUUCGGGGACGCGGCACCCAACUCCGGAGCUCCCCGCAGCCAACCCGCGGGGAGAGACAGACCCGACGGUGCCCGCGGGCGGCGGCAGAAAGGCGAACGCGCGCCCACGCCGCGUCCCGCCGGGCUCGCGCGCGACACGGGGAAGGGAGACCCGCUGAGCUCGGGGGGAACCUCGCACCUCGGCCGCAACUCAGAAGUUGGCAGGUCGCCCCGCUCCGCAGAAGGGACCCGCGAGCGGCGCCUCCGACCGCCCCGAGCGCCCCUCGCCCCCCGGCCCCGUUAGCCGAGCGGCGGAGCGGCGGGCAGGGCGGCGGAACCCGGCACUUACCUGGCGUUGCCUCCCGGCCUCUCCGGCGGUCCCGCGCCGCGUGCCCGAUCACCACGGGAUGUUUUUUUUUUGGUUUGUUUGUUUUUUUUAUAGAAAGCCCAAAAGCGAAGCGUCCCUUCCUCCAGGUAUGUAUAUAAGUUACUGUACUGUGUGGGAGGGUCACGAUCUCGCUAGGUGCAGAAGAUUCCCCGGGAUUAACCCCUCCUCUCCCUUCCCCUCCUGCAACUUGUUGAGGAUGGCACCGUGCGCGCACGCGGAGCGGCACACGGCCGCACGCACACACACGCGGAGCGCGGCGCCGGAGCGGUCCGGUGCCCCCCGACGGCGCGGUGAUUGGCCGCGCUGCUCGUGGAGAAGGGGACGUCUCAAGUCGAAGUCACGAUUUCUCCUCAGUUUGGAACCAUCUGUGACUGGAGCCAUGACGCAGCCAGAGCACAUUACUCACUUUUACAGUCACGACUUGGAAAUCCGUGCAGUUUCCAACCAAAAUUACACCGCCACCAUUGAAUUAUUUAAUAGGAUCCAGUUAAGGGUAAUCUCAUGCAUUGUGCCGGAGAGCGGCGGUCGGGAGGGGAGGGCUGGGAGGCGGGGGGCAGAGGGAGGGCACUGCCGGGCUCUAAUCGCCGUUUCACAGAGCCGCCGUUUCCGAGUUCCGACGAUUGGCUGCACGUGCCGUAAGGGCUUUCUUUCCUUUCAACCCCAACCAAACAAACCGGGGACGGGUCCGUUUGUAAAUACGACCACGCGCGCUCGGGGAAGGAACGGUCCGGUUCCCGCAUUCGGGGCGUCCGUGGGCGGAGUGCCGCUGUGCGGCUCCGCGGGGCUCGGAGCGAGGAGAGGCGCUUUGUGUGCCCGCUGCCGCGGCCGCAGCGCUGCAUUGUCUGCAGGAUCCGCCGGCGGUGCCGGGCUUUGUGCGGUAGGUGCACCAUUUUCUAAGCUCGCUCGUACCGUGAGGCGACGGCUAAGGGCGCUCGGCGGGUGCUGCCGCCGCGGCUAUUGUCUGCCUGUACCUCUCCCACCCCUGCAGGGCUCUGGCUGCGGCGGAGCCCCCUCCCUUCUCGGCGGCUCCGGAGCGGUGCCGCGGUGCGGGGCUGCCCGGGGUGCCGGCCGUGCCUGCCCCGCCGCGGGGCUGCGGCGCCGUGACCCUGCGGCUCGGCCCCUCGCCUCUCUUUCGGCCGUUCCCCCGCCUCGGAUCUGUCUGCCUAAGGACGCGAAGGACGGGCGACAAUAAAAGCAGACACCCGCACACACGCGAGCCGCAGAAGGUGUGAGCUCUUAGCGGGGAGAAACGAGGUGGGAGGAGAAGGGGUGAGUCCAAAUAAAGCAACCUAUAGCCUCCUAUUUUGCGGAGCACCAUCAUCAGGUACAGCUCUUUCAAACGCACGGGCGGGAAGGGCGGCGGCGGCGCGCACGGGCGCGGGGGGGGAGACGGCAGCGGGAGCGGCUCCCUCGGCGGCGGGACCGGGACGACCCCCCUCCCCGCCCUCCCUCAACGGCGGUUUCAGCACCGGGGAGCGGACAGCGCCCGGCGGCGGCCCCGCGCAGAGCCCGGCCCGCGCCCCCCGCCCGGCCCCCCCCGAGCGCAGCCGAACGGGGGGCGGGCGGGCGGCAGAGGGGCUCGCUAGCGCCGACAGAGAGAGAGCGAGAGUUGCAGCUCGCUAUUGAUUCAGAGAUUUACCGACAGGGUGAUUCCCCUUUCUGCACAAGAAUUCCCUGUCUCCGGGCUCCGUGCAUGCAGCAAAUGCGUUAUGGAGACGAACGGAGCCCCCUCGCUUUAAAGAAAAGUAAAAAGGGAGGAAAACAGAGGGAUCCGAGCAUGCAGAAAGGAAAGACGAGACUCACGGCCGCUGGCUGCAGCAUGCACAGGAAAAAUCGCUACUUACCGAGCGGGAACUCCUCGGGAGUUGGAAAAAAAAUACUGCGGUGAUGUCCAGGUUUUCUUCCACCCGCGCUCGCUUUUUAUACAAGUGCAACCCUCUGUCUAUUUCUGGAACGCGAUCAAAACCCUGAUGCUAUUUUUAGCAGUGUCUUUGUAAAGUGGGCUUUGGAGAAAACACAACAACCACCACCAUGCACCACUUGGCCAUUGUGCACAAACGUGGGUUUCAGGCAGGGAUGCUUGCUUUGCUGGGAGACUGAGGUGGCUUCAUACGGUGAAUUGCACCCAGCACAAAGAAGGGCUGCUGUUUCUUUUUUUAUAAUUCUCUCCUCCUCGCCCCCUGCCUUCCUCCCCCUUAAAAAAAAUGUAAUCCUUUGUUUGGAGAAUAAAGGAUCUAUAAAUAUAUAUGUGAAAAAAAAGGGUGUGUGUGUGUGUGUUUGCGUUCUAGUAAUUCACUACGAGGGGGGACUGGGGAAAAAAUAGAAUCAUUAGGGCUUGCAGGCUGCAAGGAGCCAGCCUGAGACUCCUUUGCAAGGCUGCGUCAGUUAUCAGCUAUUGACGUCACGUUCAGAUUCUCCUCUUCAGAGGCUCUAGUUCAUCAUAAAAGAUGUCUGUGCUCGGAGCUUUGUGCUUGCAGAAAGGCACUUCA